AUGGCGACCCCGCCGCCGCCGCCGCCGCCGCAACCCCAGGCGACUUCUUCUUCUUCUUCCUCCUCCUCGUUGGUGGCCAAAGUGGCUCCGGUUUCUCAGCCCCGCAAGCCGCCCCCCGCCGCUGCCGGGCUAAGGCUCCCCGCCUCCCUCCCGGUAACUGCCGCCAAAGCCCCGCAAACCGCCGCCUUACAUUUACCGGCGAGUUUCCACAUUGCCCCAGGAACAGUUCUUCUCAGAAGUAACACUGGUCAGCUAAUGUUGGUGUCUCAGCAAGCCCUAGUGCAAGCCCAAAGCCAGACCCAAAGUAACACAACUGUAAGAUGGUCAAUACCUGCACAUUCAUCUGUGGUCAAAAUACAGACUCCACAGAACUCUGCUAACCAGGUACUUAAAGUUCUAGCAGCUCCUGUUAAAACGGUGUCUCAGACAACUCAUUCCAUUACCUCUGGUGUUAAGAAGACUGCUGUAAUCCAGUCAGUAGCAUCAACAAAUAGUAUUACCACAAGUACAACUCUAAAGGAAACAUCAGGAAAUCAUCCUAUUUCUAAUUUUCAUGUACUGCCUGCUGCUCCAAAAUCAGUUCGUGAUGCAACCACGAUACAUGAUACAGCCACAACUGUAGCACAGGCCAGCAUUUCUGCAGAAACGCUGGAAAAUGUGAAAAAGUGCAAAAACUUUCUUGCGACACUUAUAAAACUGGCAUCCAAUGGACCUCAUUCACCAGAAAUGGGGCAGAAUGUGAAGAACCUGGUAGAAAAUCUGUUGGAAGCUAAAAUUGAACCAGAAGAGUUUACCAAAAAGCUGUACAUUGAGCUGAAGUCUUCCCCGCAGCCAUAUCUUGUUCCUUUUCUCAAGAAAAGUGUGCAUGCCUUAAGGCACCUCACUCCAGAUAUACAGACCUUUAUACAGCAGUGUCUCCAGCAAUCUAUACCACGAACAGCUGCUUCUACUUGUGCUGCUGCACUGUCAUCUGCAUCUGUAGUGGCUAGCAGCACUCCUGUGACAACAGCCUCUUUCCAAUCUGCACGGCCUGUGCUUAGAACUCCAUUGGGAAUAUCUUCUCCACAGACUUUGGACCCAGUCUCUUGUACAUCUCUGGUGACAAGAGGAUCUGUUUCACUUCAGUUUGCCCAGCCAGAUGGUGCUUUGUCUGUGGGGACAUUUCCCCUUCAAGUUGCCAAUUCUGUUCCCUCCACUCAUCUGGCAUCAGGUAUAGAUACUCUGAAGACUGUACAGCCAACCUCCUCCAUUGCAGUGAUGACAACAAAUAACACUCUUAUUCAGCUUACAAAACCAGUGCACACUCCUGCAACAAUGUUUUCUGCUCCACUUGCUGCUCUUAGUUCUGUAAAGUCAGUGCCGUCACCUGCUGUGGCAAAGUCUCCUCAAGUGGGAAAGUCAGCCUUGACUACUUCUGCUACAACAGCCUUCACUAAAACAGUCACCACAGCGCUCCAAUCUCGAGCACCAGUCACUGGGAAACCAAUCACAAUCAGAGUUGUCCAUCCCAAUUCUGUCAUUUCUCAAUCUGUACAGACUUCACAGGCUGUAAAGGUAAAGCAGCUGAUAGUCCAGCAGCCAUCAGGUAACAUCUUCAAAAAAGUGAGCACAUUUCAGCAAGCUUCUGCACUCCCUACUGUGAACAAAGCAAGUGGGAAAAUGCCUUUAAAUACUGUUAUCCAUGCUAACCAACUUCCUGCAGGCUCCAUUGUGAAACAAAUUACCCUGCCAGGAAACAAAAUUCUGUCGCUUCAAGCAUCUCCUGUUCAGAGGAAUAAAAUAAGAGCGAAUGGAACAACAUCCUUCAGGGAUGAAGAUGAUAUCAAUGAUGUGGCUUCCAUGGCUGGAGUCAACUUGAAUGAAGAGAGCGCAUGCAUAUUGGCAACAAAUUCUGAAGCAGUUGGUGUAGUUAUCCGAUCUUGUCCUGAGGAACUGCUCCUUUCUUCAGAUGCACUGCAGAAGAAGAUCUUAGAAAUAGGUAAAAGACAUGGCAUUACGGAAGUUAAUUCUGAUGUUCUGAACUUGAUCUCCUAUGCUACACAGGGAAGAUUAAGAGGGCUUCUGGAGAAACUAACUGUAAUUGCUCAACAUCGCAUGAUGACCUAUAAGGAGAGUGACAAGUACACAAUAUCUAGUGAUACACGGGCUCAACUUAGGUUUCUUGAGCAGCUGGAUCAUGUAGAGAAGCAGAGGAAGGAUGAAGAAGAAAGAGAAAGGUUGUUCCGUGCAGCCAAGAGUCGUUCCAAUAAAGAAGAUCCGGAACAGCUGCGAUUAAAGCAGAAAGCAAAAGAGGAAGACGUGAAUAAAGGUCCAUGUCCUAAUACAAGUUUCAACUUUGUCAGUAAUCUUACACUUUGGAGGAGAAACAUGAUCAAAUAAUGAACAUAUCCAGAGAUUUAUAAGGGGAACAACAUUGUUAACUUUUCCAACAAGACAACGAUUCCAUGGGAUUUGAAUGCUGUGUUGAAUAGGUUGACAAAGAAUUCUGACUCCUGCCUCACGGAUGGUGCAUGCGGAUAAACCCAAGGAGAAUGGAUUGAUCAUCCUGCCAUCCCAGAAUGACCCUUCAUGAUAAGUACAACCCCUCAUUCUCCAUGGAGCUGACAAGAAGGGA